CAGCGCGCGUGAAAUGUGGGACUAGUUUAUAUUAUUCCACAAGAAGGUCAUGAAACCACUUGGGAGUACUGCACUUUACUAAAUUACGUCCCACGUUGGAUUAGGAGUGCUAGCCUGUCCAACAAGAUGGCAGGUUUUCUCACAAGACAAGUAUUAGUGCAUAAUCAGAAACUGUUAUCCUUACCACCAUGUGUGUACUUUAAUCCUUCACGGACUAAAGUAGGAAUUUAUGAACCAGACAAAAAAGUCGGGUUAUGGAAAACCAUUGCCGUCACACAAAACCCUCCUAAAAGAGGGCAUGAAAGGACUGAAACAAGAAAUCAAAUUGUUUGGACAGGAAGUAAAAGAGAAAUGUUAUGCUGAUCCGUUUGUCGAUGUGCAAGACGGAGACUACACAUACGAGUGGAAGAUGAAUACCAGGGAGGACAUUGACAAGUGGAUGGUGACCACUGAUCAUGACAACAACGAGGGACUGAGCAAAGCCUCAUUAGUGCUUAGUACAAACAAUACUGCAAUGUUUCAUGGGUAUUUAUCACAAGAAGUGAUGAAGGACGGCAUUCAGAAGCGUAGUGGGUAUGCUGGGAUACGUUCUCCCAGUAGCUUUAAGUCAUUCAAGAGAAAGGUCUCCUAUGACUGGUCUAUUUUCAACUGUUUGGUGAUGCGAGUUCGUGGGGAUGGGCGCACCUAUAUGAUCAACAUUCACAUGAAUCGAACCUUUGACGUUGGCUGGAAUGAUCAGUAUAACUAUGGCCUCUUCACCAGAGGUGGGCCAUACUGGCAGGUUGCUAAGAUUCCUUUCUCCAAGUUCUACCUGACCAGCAAAGGCCGAAUCCAAGAUAAGCAGGAGCCAAUACAGCUGACCAAUGUGUCGACCAUGGGCCUGAGUAUAGGGGACGGCAACGAGGGGCCCUUCUCCCUCGAGAUAGACUAUAUUGGACUCAUGUAUGAUGAGAACCACUAUGAAGAAUUUGCUUAUGAAAUGUAUGAGGCAAAUCCAGCUCAUGUGGGUACAUGAGAAACUUGUUUCGUGUUUGGAAAAAAUCAUGUGAAAUAUUUUGAAAUAACAUUUA